AUGAAGCUGGAUCCGUCGCAUUUUUGUUACACAACAAACACAGAGUUCCGUGUUUUGACAGCUAUAGAGAUGGGUAUGAGAAAUCAUGAGUAUAUGCCUAUGAAACUAAUAUCUGCAACGGCUAAUUUGAGGUCGUGUGGUAUGAAUAACGUUAUUUCUUCACUUUUGAAAUCAAAAUUGAUAGUUCACUCUGGAAAAGUCUACGAUGGUUAUAAGUUGACCUUCCUGGGUUUAGAUUAUUUGGCUCUGCGUGCUCUCACCAAAAGAGGUGUUGUCCAUUCGGUUGGUCGAAGGAUAGGAGUAGGGAAAGAAGCUGAUGUUCACGUAUGUACCGAUAGUGACGGAAAUCUCAUCGCUCUAAAGUUUCAUAGACUAGGCCGUAUAUCGUUCAGGUCUGUAAAAACAAAUCGAGAUUAUUUCGGGCAUAGAAAGCAUGCUGGUUGGAUGUAUUUAUCGCAGAUUGCUGCCAAAAAGGAGUUUUCAUAUUUAUCCAGCCUUUAUGAGGAAUCCUUCCCAGUUCCAGAGCCUAUAGAUAUAAACCGACAUGUUAUUGCUAUGAGAUUCGUAGAAGGAACCCCUUUAUCGCAAGUUAGAGAAAUGUAUGAACCAAAGAAAGUUUUGAAUUUAUUGAUUCAUCAUAUUGUAAAGUUAGCAAAGUUAGGUAUAAUUCAUGGGGAUUACAACGGAUUUAAUUUGUUGAUUAACGAUGACGGAGAUAAAGUUACUGUUAUAGAUUUUCCACAAGUUAUCUCCGUGACUCACGAGAAUGCAAAGUUUUAUUUUGAUAGGGAUAUAAAAUGUGUCAUUGAAAUGUUCAGGAAAAAGUUUAAAAUCGAUGUAGUAGAAUACCCUAGUUUCGACGAUGUCGUAUCAGGAGAUAAUGGGAAGCUCGAUACUUCUAAGCUAAAAGUAGAUAUAAAUAAGGUGGAUAAUGAAAUACUUGACAGUAUUUUCGAGAAUCUUCGUCAAGAGGAGCCGGAGUAUGAGAUCUUGGAAGAGGAUGAAUUAUCCACAGCGAUGGAGAAGCUCACCUUAUUAGACCAAUCUGACGAUUCCGGAAAAGAGAUAGAAUCUGCAGAUUCAGAUCAGGAUAAUGGCUCUAGCAAAGGUACAGAAUCCUGUAGCGAGUAUACGGAAACUGAAGAUAAAGUAAAAGAAAAACCAAUACAAAUAUGGCGCCCACAUGUAAAAAGGAUCGGAGAGAAGGUAUAUGGAAAAAAAUUACACUCUCGUGCAAGGAACAAAACCAAUUCAGGGUAUAAAAAAGAUUACAAGCAAAGGAAGAUAAAGUCACAAAUAGAUAGCAGGGUAGAUAUUUGGUAA